AUGUCCCAGCCCGUAAAAGUCAAAGUCUCGCUGCCCAUCCUCGCCGCCCACAUCGACCACUCCCUCCUCCACCCCACCCUCACCGAUGCCCAAAUCACAACGGGCCUCCUCCUCUGCAAACAGCACUCGGUGGCAAGCGCCUGCGUGAAGCCGUGCUCGGUGCCGCUCGCCGCCGAGAUGCUCGCCGGCUCCCGCGUCAAGAUAUGCGCCGUGGUGGGAUUCCCGCACGGCAGCUCGACGGCGGCCACCAAGAUGGCCGAGACGGUCGAGGCGCUCGACGCGGGCGCCACGGAGAUCGACAUGGUUGUCAACGUCGGCAAGGUGCUCAGUGGCCAGUGGCACUACGUUGAGCACGAGGUGAAUGCUAUAAACCGCAUCGUCACGACGAGGGGCGGCGUGCUCAAGGUGAUUUUUGAGAAUGACUACCUGCAGGAUGAGCACAUUCGGAAGCUGUGUGAGAUUUGUACCGAGCUCGAGGUCGGCUUCGUCAAGACGAGCACGGGGUACGGGUUCGUGAGGCAGGACAGUGGCAUGUACAGCUACGAGGGGGCGACGACGCCGCACUUGAAGCUCAUGAGGGCGUCCGCCGGGCCCGGCGUGCAGAUCAAGGCGGCCGGGGGCGUGAGGACUCUGGACGACUUGUUGCACGUCAUGAGCCUGGGGGUGACGAGGGUGGGAGCGACUGCUACCGAGGCCAUAAUGGAGGAGGCGAGGAGGAGAGGCAUAGGAGACGAGGAAAUCGAGGUCGAGGUUAAACGGAGCGAUGGCGCCAACGGAGCUUCGUGCUAG